UCGCUCUCGCGCCUUACGCUCCGCUCUUAAAGGGGCCGCGCCGCCUCUUUCCCGUUAUUUUUUUAAUCCCGUUUUUCCAAGCGUCUCCGGCUCCGUCCGGGUGGGCCCGAGCCCCUCCCGCCAAACUCCGCCGCCGCCAUGAGGGAGAUCGUCCACAUCCAGGCGGGCCAAUGCGGCAACCAGAUCGGCGCCAAGUUCUGGGAGGUGAUCAGUGACGAGCACGGCAUCGACCCCACGGGCACCUACCACGGGGACAGUGACCUGCAGCUGGACCGGAUCAGCGUCUACUACAACGAGGCCACAGGUGGGAAAUACGUGCCCAGGGCCAUCCUGGUGGAUCUGGAGCCCGGCACGAUGGACUCGGUGCGCUCCGGCCCCUUCGGGCAAAUCUUCCGACCCGACAACUUCGUCUUCGGCCAAAGCGGCGCCGGCAACAACUGGGCCAAGGGUCACUACACGGAGGGCGCCGAGCUGGUGGACUCGGUGCUGGACGUGGUGCGCAAGGAGGCCGAGAGCUGCGACUGCCUGCAGGGCUUCCAGCUGACCCAUUCGCUGGGCGGCGGCACCGGCUCGGGCAUGGGCACCCUGCUGAUCUCCAAGAUCCGCGAGGAGUACCCCGACCGCAUCAUGAACACCUUCAGCGUGGUGCCGUCGCCCAAGGUGUCGGACACGGUGGUGGAGCCGUACAACGCCACGCUGUCGGUGCACCAGCUGGUGGAGAACACGGACGAGACGUACUGCAUCGACAACGAGGCGCUCUACGACAUCUGCUUCCGCACCCUCAAGCUGACCACGCCCACCUACGGCGACCUCAACCACCUGGUGUCGGCCACCAUGAGCGGCGUCACCACCUGCCUGCGCUUCCCCGGGCAGCUCAACGCCGACCUGCGCAAGCUGGCCGUCAACAUGGUGCCCUUCCCGCGGCUGCACUUCUUCAUGCCGGGCUUCGCGCCGCUGACGUCGCGGGGCAGCCAGCAGUACCGCGCCCUCACCGUGCCCGAGCUCACCCAGCAGGUGUUCGACGCCAAGAACAUGAUGGCGGCCUGCGACCCGCGGCACGGCCGCUACCUGACGGUGGCCGCCGUCUUCCGGGGCCGCAUGUCCAUGAAGGAGGUGGACGAGCAGAUGUUGAACGUGCAGAACAAGAACAGCUCGUACUUCGUGGAGUGGAUCCCCAACAACGUGAAGACGGCGGUGUGCGACAUCCCGCCGCGCGGGCUGAAGAUGGCCGUCACCUUCAUCGGGAACAGCACGGCCAUCCAGGAGCUCUUCAAGAGGAUCUCGGAGCAGUUCACGGCCAUGUUCCGGCGCAAGGCGUUCCUGCACUGGUACACGGGAGAAGGAAUGGACGAGAUGGAGUUCACCGAGGCCGAGUCCAACAUGAACGACCUCGUCUCCGAGUACCAGCAGUACCAGGACGCCACGGCCGAGGAGGAGGAGGAUUUCGGGGAGGAGGCCGAAGAGGAGGCUUGAGGGGUUUUGUUCCUUCAGGUGGUGGUUGGUGGUGGAGUGUCUUCUCCUGCCUCGGGCGUCUUCGUCGUCAUUGUUGUCGUCGUCAGUGUUGGCCUCG